GCGCAUGCGCGGCAUCGGAGGGCGGGGGUCGUUUCGCGGUGCGGACGGCCUAUGGCCGGCGGCGGCAGGCGACGAUGACCGACUACAGCGAGGAGCAGCGUAACGAGUUGGAGGCCUUGGAGUCCAUCUACCCGGACUCGUUUACGGUGUUGUCAGAAAAUCCAACAACUUUCACAAUCACUGUGACAUCUGAAGCAGGAGAAAAUGGUGAAACUGUCCAAACAACCCUUAAAUUUACCUAUAGAGAGAAAUACCCUGAUGAAACUCCGCUUUAUGAAAUAGUCUCACAGGAGAAUCUUGACGAUAAUGAUGUCACGGACAUAAUAAAACUACUAGAGCAGCAGGUAGAAGAAAAUUUAGGAAUGGUAAUGAUCUUCACUCUAGUCUCAGCAGUACAGGAGAAAUUAAAUGAAAUAGUGGAUCAAAUAAAAACACGAAGAGAAGAGGAAAAGAAACAGAAAGAAAGAGAAGCAGAAGAAGAAGAGAAACAACGUUUUCACGGCACUCCUGUUACCAUUGAGAAUUUCCUAAACUGGAAAGCAAAGUUUGAUGCAGAACUCCUAGAAAUAAAAAGGAAAAAAAUGAAAGAAGAGGAACAAGCAGGCAAAAAUAAAUUAAGCGGUAAACAGCUGUUUGAAAUGGAUCACAACCUUGACACUUCUGACAUCCAGUUUUUGGAGGAAGCUGGAAACAGCGUGGAGGUUGAUGAAUCUUUAUUCCAAGAAAUGGAUGAUCUAGAACUGGAGGAUGAAGAGGAUGACCCUGACUACAACCCUGUUAAUUUAGAUAGCGAUUAGACUUUUCUGAACUGGCUCUGUCAUCAGUAUGGACAUAUGUAAGGAGAGAGGGGCAGGCAGGAAAACCACAGCAUCUGUGGAUUUAGUAAUGUGUAUCAGUUUUCUUUUGGUUUACUUUUUUUCAAAAAAAAAAAUUUUAAAGUCAGAAGAAUGGUCUUCUGAUGACUCUCAUCGUAAAUAAAUUUAUAGUAAUAUUUCAAAUGAGAACUUUGAGGGACAUUGACCUCUCUGAAAAUGCUAUUCUAUUUUCUCAUAUCUUUUCCUUCCCACUUCUGUAAUUAUCCUUUGAAGAGAUUUGACAACAAGCAAGAUAGAAAGAUGUUAUAGCAAGCACUAAACACACCUGCAUCUGAAGGCUUGAGCAGCUGUUCUGCUGUCUUCCACCCUGGGAUGUACAUGGACAGCUUUGAGGAAUAAAAGGGAUUGCAUACUAUGCAGUUA